UAGGAGCACUAGUUUUAUUGAGUUUGAAAGCAUCAGUUGCCAGCCGCCAGYCGCCAGCCGCCAGCAAUAAGGGAUUUACAUUCUACAGACAUAUAAGCAUCCAAACAAUGAAAACACUCAUAACGGCGGUAUUSAUUUUCUUGGCCUGUCACCAUUUGACCGGCGCCUUCCUUCCUUCGCAGAGCGCUAUACAAGCUCCACGAAAAGUUACCCGACAAUCGAAUUAUGGACCUCCGACAACUGCUGCAUUURAUUUUCGGUGGGAUCCAUCAGUGCAACUUGGAUCGCAAUCGACAUUCGUUUCGACACAACUUUUGUCAUCUUCUGCAUCUGACAACACGGGUGACGGGGCGAAACAAGAAAACGAAGCCGAAAACAAUCGACUAGACACUAUCCUUGCUACUUUGACUUCGGCUUUUCCAUUUUUUGUACUGGGUGGAGCGCUAUUGGCGUUUUUUCGACCUUCUCUCUUUCUCUGGACCAACAAAGGKGAUCUCAUCACCCUAAUGCUUGCUCUUGUUAUGUGGGGCACCGGUUUGACCCUUACCAAGGACGACUUUACGGUAGUUUUGAAAAAUGAUCUCGYCUCKGUUCCCGUGGGAGUCUUGUGUCAGUUCRUCAUCAUGCCCAUGACAGCAUUUACUAUAGGUAGAACAUUGCUGCUCAAUGCAUCUGCAUCACACGGGAGCGCCUUGUUUUUGGGACUAUGCCUCGUGGGAUGUUCUCCCGGAGGAACCGCUUCGAACCUGGUAUCGCUCAUUGCCAAGGCCGACGUCGCUCUCUCCGUCAUGCUCACGUCUUGUUCUACGAUUUUGGCCUCGAUUGCAACGCCGCUUUUGGUCAAGCUUCUUGUCGGCAGCACUAUCGCCAUCUCGGGAUGGACGCUGUGCGCAGCUACAGCGCGUGUGGUGUUGUUGCCGGUGCUGUUGGGAAUGCUCGUCAAUGCUCAGGCACCCAAGUUAGCAAGCCGCAUCUCGCGUUUUACGCCUUUUGCUAGUGUCGUGCUGGUGGCCCUGAUWUGGUACGUAUCACACUCUGCAAUUGUUCUCCGAUUCGUUGUGACCAGGAACCAAUUCUGAUAGUAGACGUCGAAGCUAGCGCAGUCUCUCACAAACAUUAUUCUGGACGUUGUUCAUUUCCGAAUCAUUGGCAAAAUCGCAAACMCGAACUGGUUAUCAGUGGAGGCGUCGUAGCAGAAAAUGCUUCACUACUUGCCUCGACGAGUGGACGACUUAUUCCCCUUAUYGUGUCUUCCGUUCUUGGCCUUCACUCAAUAGGGUUUUUGGCUGGUUACCUCGUGCCCCGACGUGGUGCCGGCUUCGGGGAACGCACCUCUCGCACRAUUUCGAUCGAAACCGGCAUGCAAAAUUCGGCACUGGCGGUWGUUCUUGCGCGAUCGAUCGGUGCUCCCUCCAUUGCGAGUUUGCCUGGAGCACUUUCGGCCACGGCUCACUCUUGCAUGGGAAGCAUCUUGGCGGCCUACUGGAGGGGAGUUGAUAAGCGAAAGAAAGGCAAUUGAGAAAGUAGAAAAGGGGAAAACGACAGACAAAGAUAAUCACGUACGAUAAUGUCUCCUAAAUCAAAGUUCACAUGUAAA